AUGCUCAAGAAUGCUAAUGACAGCCUAUUUUGCCAAGUAGAGACCACCAAACCUACGGUGGAAAAUGUGACACCAUUUCCCCUGUUUCAGCAGACGCAGCCAAGAUUGAAAGGUGUAUCUUUGGAUGAACAAAAUGAACUGCCGAUCCUGUAUGGCGGCGGACGAGAGUUUCUUUUGGGCCUGAUACCGCAGCCAGGUGAACCGCUGAAGCCGGCAAGUGUUGAGGUUGUGGACCUGUUCGUUUUGAACACAUGUCUGGUGAUAUGGCUGAAAUCUCAUGAUACUGGAGUACAAGUGCCGUACCAAAACAUAGUAUACCACGGCGUUCAUUUGAUCGAUGAUUGUGAGACAAGUGCAGAAGGCCAUACGGUGGAGAUUGUUCUGACGAUUCAAAGAGAUCCAAUUUUAAAUCAACUUUUUCCUCCUCAGGCGAUGACUGCUCCGGAAACGUUGCUUGACUUCACAAUGUCGACUGUAGAGCUAGUUCUGCGGCCGCGGUACGCGGACUUUGAUCGUGUAUACAAUGAGGAGCUGGAAGAUUUGUUUACUUUCAAGCUGUUUGGGCUUAACCGAGGAGAUACUUUGGUGAUAAAUUGUAAUAACGCAAUUGCGAGGUGUAUGGAUUUCCACUACGUGGACGAACAAAGUGAGGAAGAGGCAGAGGAAGCCGAGAGUGUUGCUGGAACAGCCGAAUUCACUGGCUUAGGAGAGUUUCUCAACGACCAGACGCCGGUGUAUCACAACAUUGGUGCGGCAGACGAUCUUGAUGAAGACGACGGGGUCGUAAAGGACGACGCUGAUGCCGGCAUGUCACUCGAAUUUUACGGCAAUCAACAGCUGGCGGGUCGCAAGAAGAUGUGGGAGAACGACAUGGGCAUGGAUUCUUAUAAAAAGUACAAGAGCUGA